AUGGAGCGCGAAGGCGACCAGGCAGGGCACGGGCCCCGGCAUGGCCCGGCCGGGAACGGCCGCGAGCCGGAGUCACCAGCCGCAGCUUCGCUGCUGGCACCCAUGGACCUAGGGGAGGAGCCGCUGGAGAAGGCGGAGCGCGGCCGCACAGCCAAGGACCCCAACACCUACAAAGUGUUGUCGCUGGUUUUGUCAGUGUGUGUGCUAACAACGAUUCUUGGUUGUAUAUUUGGGUUGAAACCAAGCUGUUCUAAAGAAGUAAGAAGUUGCAAAGGCCGCUGCUAUGAGAGGACAUUCGGCAACUGUCGCUGUGACAGCUCCUGUGUCAGCCUUGGGAACUGCUGUCUGGAUUUCCAGGAGACCUGUGUGGAACCAACAUACCUAUGGACUUGCAACAAAUUCAGGUGCGGUGAGAAGAGGUUGCCCAGGUUCCUGUGCUCUUGUUCAGAUGACUGCCAGACUCACAAUGACUGCUGCAUCAAUUACAACUCUGUGUGCCAAGAAAAGAAAAGUUGGGUAGAAGAAGCGUGUGAAAACAUCGAUACGCCACAGUGUCCAGCAGAGUUUGACUCACCUCCUACUCUCUUAUUUUCCUUGGAUGGAUUCAGAGCUGAAUAUUUACACACCUGGGGUGGAUUUCUUCCUGUUAUUAGCAAGCUGAAAAACUGUGGAACAUACACUAAAAACAUGAGGCCUGUAUACCCUACAAAAACGUUUCCCAAUCAUUACAGCAUCGUUACGGGACUUUAUCCAGAAUCCCAUGGCAUAAUAGACAACAAGAUGUAUGACCCCAAAAUGAACGCUUCUUUCUCACUGAAAAGUAAAGAGAAAUUCAACCCUUUGUGGUACAAAGGACAGCCGAUAUGGGUCACAGCUAGUCAUCAGCAGGUCAGGUCUGGCACAUACUUCUGGCCAGGAUCAGAUGUGGAAAUUGAUGGAAUUCUUCCAAACAUCUACAAAGUAUAUAAUGGGUCAGUACCAUUUGAAGAAAGAAUUUUAGCUAUUCUGAAGUGGCUACAGCUUCCUGUCUCUGAAAGACCACACUUUUACACUCUGUAUUUAGAAGAACCUGAUUCCUCAGGGCACUCACAUGGACCUGUCAGCAGUGAGGUCAUCAAGGCCUUGCAGAAGGUUGACCGAAUGGUUGGCAUGCUGAUGGAUGGCCUGAAGGACCUGAGCUUGGAUAAGUGCCUGAACCUCAUCCUUGUCUCAGAUCAUGGCAUGGAACAAGGCAGUUGUAAGAAGUAUGUGUACCUGAAUAAGUAUUUGGGAGAUGUGAACAAUAUUAAAGUUGUCUAUGGACCUGCUGCUCGACUGAGACCCACUGACGUUCCAGAGAAAUAUUAUUCAUUUAAUUAUGAAGACCUGGCAAAAAAUCUUUCUUGCCGGGAGCCAAACCAGCACUUUAGGCCUUACCUGAAACAAUUCUUACCCAAGCGCUUGCACUUCGCUAAAAGUGACAGGAUUGAGCCGCUGACCUUCUAUCUGGACCCUCAGUGGCAGCUUGCAUUGAAUCCAUCAGAAAGGAAGUAUUGUGGAAGUGGAUUUCACGGCUCUGACAACCUCUUUUCAAAUAUGCAAGCUCUCUUUAUUGGCUAUGGACCUGCCUUCAAACACGGCGCUGAGGUUGACUCCUUUGAAAACAUUGAAGUCUAUAACUUAAUGUGUGAUUUGUUGGGUUUGAUCCCAGCUCCUAAUAAUGGAAGUCAUGGCAGUCUUAACCACCUUCUAAAGAAACCUGCUUACACUCCAAGUCUUCCUGAAGAAGAGAGCUCCUUGACACAGUGUCCAAUCAAAUCAGCAUCCAGUAACCUCGGCUGCACGUGUGACCCCUGGAUUGUGCCAAUUGUGGACUUUGAGAAACAGUUUAAUAUGACCAUGGAAGUUGUAGAGGAUAUCAGUGAUAAUACUGCACCUUAUGGAAGGCCCCGGUUUCUGCAGAAGAAACACAGCACUUGUCUUCUUUACCAGCAACACUUUAUGAGUGGAUACAGCCAGGACAUCCUCAUGCCCCUCUGGACGUCUUACACCUUCCUCAGUAAUGACUAUCUCUCCACAGACGAAUUUUCCAGCUGCCUAUACCAGGACCUUCGGAUCCCUGUUAGUCCCAUCCAUAAAUGUUCCUUUUAUAAAAGUAAUUCUAAGCUAAGUUACGGGUUCCUCGCUCCACCAAGACUAAAUAAACUUUCAAAUAAAAUAUAUUCUGAAGCAUUGCUUACUUCUAAUAUCGUGCCUAUGUAUCAGAGUUUUCAAGUUAUAUGGCAGUACCUCCAUGACACCCUGCUGCAAAGGUAUGCCAAAGAAAGGAGUGGUGUCAACGUCAUCAGCGGCCCUGUGUUCGACUUUGAUUAUGAUGGACGCUAUGAUUCCCUAGAGACCCUGAAACAAAACAGCAAAGUCAUCCGUAAUCAGAAAGUUCUGAUUCCCACUCACUUCUUCAUUGUGCUGACCUGCUGCAAACUGUCAUCUGAGAGUCUCUUCCAGUGCACAAACUUGGAUGCUUCAGCCUUCAUCUUGCCUCAUCGGCCUGAUCACAUCGAGAGCUGUAUUUAUGGGAAACAGGAGUCUACAUGGAUCGAAGAGUUACUGACAUUGCACAGAGCUCGGAUUGCAGAUGUCGAACUCAUCACUGGACUCAGCUUCUACCAUGAACGACAAGAAUCAGUUUCAGACCUGUUGAGGUUGAAAACACAUUUGCCAAUCUUUAGCCAAGAAGACUGAUUUUUUUAUUAAAAUAAAAAAGGACCCUAAAUCUUUUUUUGAGAGAAUCUUAUAUUUUAUACCGUCCUCUACACUUUCGAAUUGUUUGAGAACUGUCAAGUGGAGUUACAACUGGGAAUCCUUUGUGAUGUCUACUCUGGGCCAUUGACACUCAACACAUCAGACGCUGUUCGUGUCCUGUGUCGUGCAGGUUUCCUGCGUAAGGCUUAAGUGUGUUAUUGACACACCGGGAGUAAAGACACUUCACACCUGCAGGUGCUCUUGGGACUCUCUUCAGGGAGAAGGGGCAGUGGACAUGAUGCUGGAAUCUUAUUAUUUGUAAUAAAGCUAAGUAAAGGACUGGGGUAAUCCUUGUCGCAUUAAAAAUAGAAAGUGGUUCUGGAUUAAUUUUAACUUGGAGUUUCGGUUUUAACUAAAAUUUUUUGAAGUCCCAUUUCUGUUUUUUUCUGUCUCUUCCAAAAGCGAAAUCAUUAGUCUGGUGAUUUUAAAACAAAUUGUGUUUGGAUCUCUUCAGACUUAGUGACUCUGACAAGUAGGACUCUGAUGGGAAAGUUGUGAGUUGAAUAUGUCUAGCUAUUCUAAAAAUUGGAGUCUACAUUUGUACACACACACACACACACACACACGUAUUCACAUUAUCUUCACUAGAAAUAAACAAAUAUUGAAAACAGCUCUGAAAGUGGUUCUCUUGGGCCACUUAAAAUUGGCCUUGAACUCAUUGACAUUUGCAAAGUGGCAUUUUCCAUUGAGAAGAAUGUUUACCUCUAUACAAGGGGCCCCACCUGUGGGAGAAGGCCUUUGCCUGGCUUAGCUCUUAGGUUUGAGGGUGUGUGGAUCUGAAGAGGUUAUGUUACCCAUCACUUAGCAUCUUCACUGUGGCCAUGACAAAUAACACAGUGAAGGUGAUUUUCCCCUCUGCAUUGAUUGUGCCCUUGUUCCAACCUGUGACUUUCCACGGCUAUGUUAAAUUGCAGGUUUCCUGGGUCCACUUUUGGUAUAAUAUUAUCUACCAAAGAUUUUCAUACUUUCUCCAUAGGAUGACCAUUUUUUGUGUCAUCCACAAAUAUGUUUAAAUAAUAAAACUUGUAACUGAAAUUUACUGAA